CACAGUGACAACCGCACACAAAGAGGGAGAGAGACAGACCGAAAAGACACCGAGAGAGAAACGGUUCUAGUCGGAAAUCUAUUCUGCCAGUCAAAUAUCUAUAGCGAUCGAAUCGAUUUUAGUAGCAAAUUUAAGAACAACUGUAUCCCAGAUACAGACUGACGGUGUGGGGAUACUUAAGGUAUUGUAGCCUAUCAGCCAAGACAACUCACCCGGGGGAAACCAUCCUUACUCCCCUGGAAAUCAUCCUGAGCGAAGCAUGAGUUUACCAGCAUCUCUUCGCGAAUAGGAUUUGUACCACACAGCCUGCUUGCACGCGCAAGUUCGCUGGGACUUUGAAGGAGACGAAUUCACCCGUGAACGAAGAUGGAGUGGAACUUACCGGGGUGGUGCGUGGUGUUCUUGGCACUCGUUCUGCACAGGUCGAGUUGCGCCGCGGCGAAAGAACUGACGUGCCAGAAGAUAUCCGUGCCUUUAUGCAAAGGAAUCGGUUACAACUACACCUACAUGCCCAACCAGUUCAACCACGAUACGCAGGAGGAGGCUGGGCUGGAAGUGCAUCAGUUUUGGCCGCUCGUGGAAAUCAAAUGUUCGCCCGACUUGAGGUUCUUUCUCUGCAGCAUGUACACUCCUAUCUGCCUCGAGGACUAUAAGAAGCCUCUGCCUUCCUGUCGGAGUGUUUGUGAGCGAGCCAAAGCGGGCUGUGCCCCGCUCAUGCGGCAAUACGGGUUCCCGUGGCCAGACCGAAUGAGGUGUGAUUUGUUACCGGUGCAAGGCGACCAAAGCACACUGUGUAUGGACUACAACAGAAGCGACACAACCACUGCAACGCCGGUUGUCGCAAAGCCAACGAAUCGCCCGGUGAAACCUUACAGCAUGCGAAAGACCAAGAACGGACACCGUCCUAACUUGCCUGGAAGUAAACACAAACCUGGCACAUCCUCGUGCGAACCGGGCUGUCAUUGUCGCGCGCCCAUGGUUCCAGUGAACAGCGACAGCCAUCCUCUUUUCAACAGAAUAAAAACAGGACAUAUUCUUAACUGUGCCAUGCCCUGUCACAACCCUUACUUUUCACAAGAGGAAAGGACAUUCACUGCGUUUUGGAUAGGACUUUGGUCCGUUUUAUGCUUCAUUUCCACUUUUGCAACUGUCGCAACUUUCCUCAUAGACAUGGAGAGAUUUAAAUACCCAGAACGCCCUAUUAUUUUUCUCUCAGCUUGCUACAUGUUCGUGUCUGUAGGCUACAUUGUCCGACUUAUUGCUGGACACGAACAAGUGGCGUGCAACAGGGAACAUGACAUACAGCAUAUCCACUACGAGACCACUGGCCCCGCGCUCUGUACAAUCGUGUUUCUACUCAUUUACUUUUUCGGCAUGGCCAGCUCUAUUUGGUGGGUCAUUCUGUCCCUGACCUGGUUCCUAGCCGCGGGGAUGAAAUGGGGGAACGAGGCCAUUGCUAGUUACUCGCAAUAUUUUCACCUGGCCGCUUGGCUUAUACCCAGCAUGAAGUCUAUAGCUGUUCUGGCCUUGAGUUCGGUUGACGGAGACCCCGUGGCGGGGAUAUGCUAUGUGGGGAAUCAGAAUUUGGACAACCUCAGAGGGUUUGUUUUGGCGCCCUUGGUCAUCUAUUUAUUCAUCGGCACCAUGUUUCUGCUGGCAGGCUUUGUAUCCCUGUUUAGGAUCCGGAGCGUGAUAAAACAAGGAGGGACGAAAACAGACAAACUGGAGAGAUUGAUGAUCCGGAUAGGCGUGUUUACUGUGCUGUACACGGUCCCCGCCACUGUCAUCGUUGCCUGUUAUUUUUACGAACAGCACAACCGACAGACCUGGGAAAACACCCAUAACUGCUCGUGCUUGUCGGAGCGUGAAAUGCAGAAGCCGGACUAUGCUGUUUUCAUGCUGAAAUACUUUAUGUGCCUGUUGGUUGGCAUCACGUCCGGAGCGUGGGUUUGGUCGGGCAAAACGCUCGAAUCGUGGAGAACUUUCUGUACCCGCUGCUGCUGGGGCAACAAGGCCACGAGUGGGUCAAUGUACAGUGACGUGAGCACGGGACUUACGUGGAGGUCGGGAACCGCGAGCUCAGUAUCCUGUCCCAAACAGAUGCCAUUGUCACGGGUUUGAAAAGAAGAGUGGACUAAUCGUGUUGGGAUUGUCCAUCUGCGUGUUCUAAUUAGCACAUUAAUGAGCGUCUAAUGAUUAACCUUACAUAAAGACACCCAAGCCAUGGCAGGGGAUAGAACAAUGUUCCUGGAAUGAAGAAUCUAGAGUCUUAUCUAGGCCUAAUUAAACGUGCACCUCUUCUGCAGUGACAUUUCUAUUUGAAACGAGGAUUAUCCGUAUAAUGCAAAAUAACCAUUUUGUCUUAAAACGCCCAUUUUAAAUAGAGACAGAGUCUGUCUCAUUUUAACCUAUGAUUAGGAAAUCAGUAUCACAGCCAGUUUGAAGUACAGUGUGUUUAUGCCUUGAAGUCUCAUACGGGUUUAUCAGUAAGACAUUUGUAUUUAUAUAAUCUUUGAUGCUCAGACAUGUACAGUUGUAUAUCAAGUUUCUACGACUUUGUAAAUAUGUACAUUUUACUGUGAUAUAAAAUCUUUAUUUUGAGAUUAAAACUUUUUUUAUUGAAUUGAA